UAAACACUCAUAAUUCUAAUCCCAGUCAGCAAGUCCCGCAGACCGGCGCCGGGGGUACUAGAAGGCCACGCGUCAAUGGAGCUGCGGGAACAACUUUGGCGAACGGUGGAGCCCAAACGCCUGCUACUCCGUCUUCGCAACAGCAAGGUUUACUUCACACAAACUAUGUCCUAACGCCACCGAGAGGAC